AUGGAAUUCUUCGAAUCUGAGCUUCUCCCUUCCAUCUCCCUUCGGUCGUCGAUCUGGCUAAGCAAACCCAUGCAUAAUGGUAUGUACAUACACUUCUUGUCAUACCACCCUCUCCAUGUGAAGAGAGGUGUUGCUACCUCGCUGUUCCUUCGCGCCCUUCGCAUCUGUGACCCCCAGUACCUGGAUGGAGAGAUUGUCUUCCUUCGUCGGUCGUUCUCCAAACUUGGCUACCUUGGUCAUGUUCUCGACGCCGCGUUAUCCAGGGCACGGCGUACCUUCUUCCACGACUCUCCUCCUAAAGAGACUCCUCACCUGCCCGUCCUCAGCCUGCCCUACACUGAGGAAAUAUAC